CGGAGUACGGGUGGGAAAAGAUAACUUAUAAGUUAGACAGUUAGCUAACUAGCUAAUAGUCUACAAUUAUCAUCGGUUUUAAUCGGUUUUCGCUGCGAGCGGUUAAUAUCCGAUUGCAAGAAAAGACAAUAUUUUUUUCUGCUUUAGAGGUAGAUAUUUGGAUGUCUGUACCUGUGAAGGUCUAAACCCUCAUCAUGUCUGUGAUAACCCUUUCAUUCAAGGCUCUUCUGUUCCUCGGAUUGUACCAGGUUGGAUGCCGAGGUCUUGCUUCUGCCCCAGAGCUACGGGUACCGCCGAAGAAAAUCGCCAUCGUUGGAGCUGGAAUCGGAGGAACAGCAACAGCGUAUUUUCUCAGGCAGGAGUUUGGACCUGGCGUCAAGAUUGACGUGUACGAAGCAGGCACCAUUGGAGGACGCCUUGCUACAGAGAACAUCGAGGGCCGGGAUUACGAAACAGGAGGCUCCAUAAUACACCCACUUAAUUUGCAUAUGAAGCACUUUGUGGAUAGACUAGGUCUGUCAGCCCGUACCGAAGUCCCUUCGAAAAUGGCCAUCUUUGACGGGACGGAGCUGAUGUUCGAGGAGAGCAAUUGGUUCUUUGUGAACUUCCUCCGCAUGCUGUGGCGCUACGGCUUCAACGCUCUGCGCAUGCACAUGUAUGUGGAGGGACUUCUGGACAAGUUUAUGAGGAUUUAUCAGUACCAGCAGUUCAGCUACUCGUUCUCGAGUGUUGAUCGCCUGCUGCACGCGAUGGGCGGAGACGAUUUUCUCGCUCUGCUCAACCAGACACUGGAGGAAAACAUGCUGGCUAACAGCUUCUCUCAGACCUUUAUCAAUGAAAUCGUCACCCCGAUAUCACGUGUUAAUUACGGCCAGAGCGUCCGCCUGCACGCCUUCGCUGGUUUUGUGUCCUUGGCCGGCGCUGACUCUGGCCUCUGGGCUGUGGAUGGAGGUAACAAGCUAGUCUGCUCUGGGCUUCUGUAUAACAGCAAAGCUGAACUCAUUUCAGCUCGUGUGACCAACAUCGCUAUCAAAACGAGGCCCUUUAAAAGCGGCACCAUCACAAACUUUUAUGAAGUGAACUACGUCGGUGAAUCAGGCCCCGCCCACAGCCUUUACGACAUUGUGGUUUUGGCCACGCCCCUCCACCAGGGUCUGUCUGAUAUCACUUUCUCAGGAUUCUCUCCUGCCCUGCCCUCACACUUUCCUGGACGUUACCAACAGACAGUGAGUACGCUAGUCCUUGGGCGUCUCAACGUCUCCUACCUGGACACCAGAAGGAAACCGAGCGAGUUUUUCUUCUCUGACAUUUUUACAACAGAUAACGAGAAACUGGGCAUUUCCAGCUUGAGCUCCCUGGACCCUGUUCAAAUCACGCCAGGCUAUUCGCGGCCUCCGGCCAGCCAGACUACAGUGUGGAAGGUUUUUUCUCCUGAGCCCCUGACCGAGGAGCAGCUGAGGAUGCUGUUUGUCUCACGAGAGCAUGUGGUAGAGAAGCGCUGGCUUGCGUAUCCGUUCUACAAAGCCCCAGAGCGACAACCUCCACCCUUCAUCCUUCACCAAAACCUCUACUACCUCAGCCCCAUCGAGUGGGUGGCAUCAGCGAUGGAGAUGAGCUCUAUCUCAGCACGAAACAUAGCACUGCUUGCCUACCAUCGGUGGCACGGACAUACGAUGAAGGUGGAUCAAGAAGGGCUGCACGCUCGCCUCCGGGGGGAGCUGUAGAGACGCAAGAGGCACUUUUUAAUGAGGACAAUCAAGAAAUUUACAAUCCACUGGCUGUUUGUGUGUGUGUGUGUGUGUGUGUGUGUGUGUGUGUGUGUGUGUGUGUGUGUGUGUGUGUGUGUGUGUGUGUGUGUGGUGUUUUUAAUUUUAGGAAAAAGAUGAUGCUCCAAGCAUCCAAGGAGGCUUUCCAGUCUCAUUUCUUUUUGGGGGUUUUUCAAAAAAGUUGAAUUGUAAGAACAAAUUAAAAAAUUUUCCACAAUACUAGAGAUUAUGGCUAUAAAGGCAUUUGGCAUCAGAAGGUACAGAUGCUAAGGCUUGUGAAUUAAGUUCCUCUGAAACUAUCCAAGCUAAAGCUACAGGAACAGUUUUACCAAAUGAGCCUAAACCUUUCCCUUAUACAACUAAAGCAAUCUAAACUAUCUUUGAGCACAAAGUCUUAAGAAGACACGUGCGUUAAGGUUGGAGCAAAACCUGACGUAAGUGAAGGAUCAUACUGCCUCUUUUUGACACUGGACUGGGAUCAAUAAAACUGUGAAUGACCUCUUUUUACUUUUCUGUAGACUUGAGCAAGCAGAUCAAACAAGUUCGUCAACACGGACAUGUGGCACAACGUGCCGCCUUUACAGCAUCCCGAGUAAACCCGGGUUUAUUACGUGACUCAUUUGUUUAUAUUUUGGUAACCAUAUUUGUUAGGAAAUAUCAGUCAUGUACAAACUAAAUGAGUAAAUGAUGUCAUCGAGACAGAAAAUGACACAUGCACAAUUUAUCAACUGGGGUGAUUUAUUCUGUGAGUUGUCUUCAGGUUCAUUUAUAAGUAAUGUUUCUAUGGUAACAGAUCAAGUGAUUUUUAUGAUGUAAAAACGAUUACAAAAACAAAUUUUAAAUAGAUUUUACAAUACCAUACCACACUGAUGUUGAUUUUUUUUUUCUUUCUACUUGUUUAUCUUUAAUGAGAUUUAAAUCCAUUACAUCCCAAAUGUCAUCUAAUUAAAGGUAUAUAAACGAGCUGAAAGGAAGCUAAAAUAAAUAACAAAUAAAUGUUCAAAUCCUUCAUUUGAGUGUAUAAACAUUUCUACACCAUUUAUGUUUGUAGCAUGUUUGUAUUUUUUGCACAACAAAUCGGUCGUAAUUUCAUUUAUUUGACUUUUUAGCAAACUUUUUUGACUAAACUAAAAUGAAAUGUUUUAAACUUUCUGUAACACACUGUUUCAGUAUAAAACUGUUUUGUUUUUGUGUGAUUUGUACUAAUUUGCUUUAACGUUAAAUAAAAGUUUUCUUAGAGUUGAGGAAACAAGAUGUCGACUAAAACGGUUCUUUGUUUACAUUCAAUAAAAACGUGAUUAAAGGUUAA